CCCGGCCUUCCCAGUUCGACAAGUGACGCACCGCCGUUGCUACAUGCAGCGCGCAAGGUCCAAAGGUCCAGAGCAAAUAUUCUUGCGCGCAAAAGAGGCUGCAGCGGCCGGCAAUAAGAGCAGCAGAGCUCCGCAGUGGCCAAACGCCUGUUGCAGCGGAAACGGGGACCCGGAACGCUUUCAAGCCCUGCUGCCUCUUCGCUAAAUUCAAGAGAUACGCAGCAGCGUAAGCAGAAGGUACGUUGGAGCAUGCAUGCGCGCGCGGCCAAGGAACCCAGUUCCGUCCCGGAGAUGGGGCCCGAGAGCUCGGCUAAAAGCCUGUGGCGAAGGCUCGCCUGGCCACAAAGCUCUUGCCAAGCUUAUACACAAUAGUGACUGCAUACCUAGCUUGCUUGCGCCAGGCCACCUAGGGGCUAACUCAGCGCUAAAGGCUUCACCGGUCCUUGUUUCGCUCGGCGGGGUCCUCGCCUGGCCUGCUUGCGCCUGAAACAAGGUUGCCGUAAGCAACCAAAGGGUUUGCUCCUAGCAUUUUAGAAGAGAGCGCAGCGCCGGUGAGUGUUCCGGGUGGUUCCUUCGCUCCAGGCCGCGGACCCUGCUGUUUGGCUUCUUUUGGCGGCUUUGAAGGAGUCUCGCAGCCUGCAAGGGCAUGCAUGUGCUCUCUGAAGCUUGCUUGUGAUCUUGAAACUGGGUGAAGCGCAUACUCGGCGCACAACAUGCGUUGACCAAUUCCUGAUCGGCCAAAAUACUUUGCCCGCCGCGCGCGUGCAGGCAUCCUCCCGGCUACACGGGAGACGGAUGUCUGCCGAUGGUGGAACUGCUGGCUAUGGCCUGACUGCCAAUGCUGCUGGUGUGAUGGAGCUGCCAGCACGGUCGCCGCCCGCUGCUGCUUCCCCAACACAUCCGGAGCUGGGAAGCGCUGCCGCAAGCACCACACCCGAGCCAUCGGUCGAAGGUUUUGGAGGACGACAUGGCUUUGGGGAGGACGACGACCUCCAACAACUCCAGAUGUUCCAGCCGGACACCGUCGAGCUGUCCCCGUGGAAGACGGGCGGCACCUCCUGGAUGGGUAGUCCCCGAGCGACAACAACACCUGCUGGGGCGGCGGCUUCGGGGCCCUUCUACCAAAACACCGUGGCAAUGGAUGACAGCAUCCUUUGCGGAUGCAACAGUAGUGGCAUCCUGCUAGGAUCCCCGCCCUUUGCCAGCCCGCUGGUGGAGUACCUUCCGGUGGCGCCCGCCAGCCCGACGCGGCCCACUCUCGAUGGCGAGGGCCUGCUGACGACUGACACUGCUGGCGACGCGCCGUCCCCGAUUGCGUUCCGCUGGCGGCGGUCCUGUGCCGACGGCAUGGCUGUGGCGCUGCCAAUGUUGAUGACUAGGCUCUCGCCGCCAUCGACGAGCAAAGUCGUGGGACGCGGGCUGCUGGCGGCGGCGGGUGCCUCAGCGCCGGUACUGGGCUACUCCGCCAGCAGCAGCAGGCCGCCGGCGGCCGGCGCAACGAGCACUAGCAGCGUGGAAAGCAGCAGUGGAAUGAUGAUGCCGAUGCCGGCGGGCUUUAUGGCCACGCCGCCGGCACUGCCGCCGCCGGCGCCAUCGGCGGCGGGCGUUCAGGCCAUCAUGGGCCCUUCCGCUGCAGCAGUGGCUGCGGGCGUGCAGCCGACACGCCGCUCAACCCGCGCUAGGGUCAUUCGUGACGCAGCCACUGGUGCCGCUGGCUGCGCCGCCACCGCCGGCGGCGCCGCUGCCCCCCAGCAGCAGCCCACGGCGGCCCGGCGGCGGUACAAGAAGGACGAGCCGCAGCGGCGGGUUGAGCAGCGUACCCCGCCGCUGCCGCCCGUGGCUCCGGCCACCAUGGCAGCGGGGGCGGCAGCGGGACAGCAGCCACAGCAGGCCGGGUGCAAGCCUGCGGCUGCUGCGGCUGCUGUGGGCAGCAAGCGCAGCCGCGGCGCUGAAGGUGCGGCAUUGGGGCCGGCGGCGGUGCGGCAGGAGGGUGGUGAUGGUGUGCAGCCGGUGGCGAAGCGGCAAGCGGUGGCGCGGCACGCAACCACCGCCACCGCUGCGGCACCCGGACCCGCCGCGGCCGCAUCCGCGGUGGCCGCGCUUCACCCCACCCAGCGGCGCCUGCUGCUGCAGGUGUGCGCAGCAUUCGCACGCGUGCGCGGCGGGCUGGCCCCGGCGGUGGCGGCAGCGGUGCCGCCCACGCAGCAGCCGCCACAUCCUCACCAGCACCAGCAACACCACCAGCACCGGCCGCUGCAGCUGGAGAACACCAACCGCAUGACUCCUGGACACCAGCAGCAGCAGGCCACACCGGCGCAAGCGGCCGCGCGGGUUCCCGCAAUGCCAUGGCAGGCGCAGUCACAGGCGGCCCAGCAGCAGCACCAGCAGCAGCAGCAGGUGCUCCCGGCCUGCUGCCUUGAGGCAGCGCUGCAGCCGCAGCACCACCACCACCAGCUGCACCAUCAACAGCUGCUGCUGCAGCAUCAUCGCAACCAGCAUCAGCUGCACCAGCACCACCACCAGCAGCAGGCGGCCGCGCUGCCGCCGGUGCAAGCAGCGCCUGCGCAGGCGGUGCCGGCAUUGUCGUCGCAGCAGCACUACUGGCAGGCGCAGGCGCAGGCCCAGGCCCAGGCGCAGGCGCAGGCGCAGGCGCAGGCGCAGGCGCAGGCGCAGGCGCAGGCGCAGGCGCAGGCGCAGGCGCAGGCGCAGGCGCAGGCGCAGGCGCAGGCCCAGGCGCGGGCGCAGGCGCAGGCGCAGGCGCAGGCGCAGGCGCAGGCGCAGGCGCAGGCGCAGGCGCAGGCGCAGGCGCAGGCGCAGGCCCAGGCGCAGGUGCAGGCGCAGGCGCAGCAGGGGCAGGCGCAGGCGCAGGCCCGGGCGCAGGCCCAGGCCCAGGCGCAGGCGCAGGCGCAGGCGCAGGCCCACGCGCAGGCCCACGCGCAGGCGCAGGCGCAGGCACAGGCGCAGGCGCAGGCGCAGGCGCAGGCGCAGGCGCAGGCGCAGGCGCAGGCGCAGGCGCAGGCGCAGGGGCAGGCGCAGGCGCAGGCGCAGGCGCAGGCGCAGGCGCAGGCGCAGGCGCAGGCGCAGGCGCAGGCGCAGGCGCAGGCGCAGGCGCAGGCGCAGGCGCAGGCGCAGGCGCAGGCGCAGGCGCAGGCGCAGGCGCAGGGGCAGGGGCAGGGGCAGGCCCAGGCGCCGCCGCCGCCGCCGCAGCAGCAGCAGCAGCAGCAGCAGCAGCAGGCGGGCUCGGCUGGCCGUGCGCUGCCACAGCAGCAGCCUCAGGUGUCCCAGCAACUUCACGGGCAUUACUACCAGCAGCACCAGCAGCUGCUGUGGGACGGCAUAAACAGCAGCGUGCCCGCUACUGGUUACCACCACCAGCACCACCACGACCACCACCACCACCAGCAGCAGCAGCAGCAGGCCGCACCGGCGCAAGUGGCUGUGCAGAUGCAGUCAAUGCCAUGGCAGCAUACGCACUGGCAAGCGCAUGCAUACUGGCAGCACGUGCAGUGGCACCGGCAUCAGGCGCAGUGGCAGGCGCACGCGCGGCGGCAGGCGCAGUGGCAGCAGUGGCACGCGCAGCAGCACCCGCAGGCGGGCGCGAACCACGUGCCACAGCAGCAGCCUCAGCAGCAGCACAGCCAGCAGGCCUACAUGGCAUGCCCUGUGCCGGCGGCACCACCGCUGGAGCAGCAGUGGUGCGAGGGCGCUCAUGGCGUUUGGUGCGCGAUGCCCGCCAUCCCAGCACCUGCCUACAACGGCGGGAACAACCAGCAGCAGUAGCAGGCAGCCGUGCCGCUUGUGAUGUAUGUUCUCUAGACGGGUUCCGGGGCAUGAGGUCUGGCGGCAGACCCCAAAGCCACGCACAUUCUGCUGCUAGACUACUACGACCGCCUACUACUACUACUAGACGGGUUUCGGGGCAUGGGGUCUGGCAGAUAGACCCCAUAGCCACGCACAUUCAUUUAGCUCCUAGGGGCUUGGGUGCAGUAAGCGUACAUAUGACGUACCAGUAUGCUACUGCACGCUACAGUUAUGAAGCAGGCUGGGAAACGCCUGCGAUCGAUCAGAGCGCGGCUGCUGUCCACGGCGUACGUGGAUAUAUACGGCCAUUAGCGGUUGCAGUGUCACAGAAUAGUGCGCUGUAAUGACGUGCGUGCUGCAGCAGUACGAUAUUCUCCCUUAAGGCUUGCUUGCGAUUACGCACUGCUGGACGGUGUGAGCGUGUACGUGCGCUUGCUUGCUUGCGGCGGCGGCCGUUUGCAAUGCAGCAGUGAAUGAGUCCUCUGUUUUGUUUGUAUGCGACUGCGCACAUGUGAUGCCCCCUUGAUUGCUAGCUACUCGGGCAAAAGGAUACCGCAGUGCCUCGUAUGACUUGCUUGCUUGGUUGAUUGUUCUUCAUGCGUACGUACUUACGGUGCUGCAAAAGGGCGCCGGGCGGGGUUGGUCUUACUCACUCGGGGAAAGCCGCUCAUCCGAAUCUGGUCCGAAGUUGGUCCGAAGAUCUGUCCGAAACCUGAUCCGAAGCCUGGUCGUACUUCAAGUGACGUAGGCCGAAUGCCAGGGUCGUAUGUCUGAUAGAUAUGUGUCUCAGCAGGGGAUCGGGAGACAAAUGGUAGAGAUGAAGGGAAAGGAGAAUGGAUGGGGAUGAUAGGCAAUCAAUCGGUUACUUGAUUGGCAAAGAUGAUAGGGCUUUGCCCACACCACACCGUCACAAGCGUAGGGAUCGUUGACUCCAUCCCUUCAUCAGCCGUCACCAUAAUCAAUUCCUUCUUGCUCUUGUUCUUGUUUGUUGAUAUACGUGCGUGUAGGUUGCGGUGCGACACCGGAUUGAGGAUCGGGCCUGCGCUAGCUUGCAUCGGGCGCGUGCAUGCAUACACGUGCCGACUACGUGCGUGACGGAGCUCGUGCGGUGUGUGGCUUUGACUGUGCGUGAUGAGGAGCAUGAGGGUGGGGGUGUGAUAGUGGCCCAGGCCCGAGUCACGCGGCAACAGCCGCCAAGCUGUGAUACGUUGUAACAUCAACAUUAU